GCGUUCAUUAAAAGAUGAGCGCUGCACUGUACCUGCAGUUGUUACUGUAGGUGCGCUGGGUAACACUUAAUCUACACCAAACUUCAAUUGGCUCUUUUUUUAAAAAUAUAUUUGCACGGAUGGCUCAGUUACUUCGAACGCUUAUCUGAAAUACACUGGUGACAUAAAAGGAAACAGAGUGAUGAUUUGAUCGCUGCCCAUUUGAUUUCAUGGGGAUGGGAAAAGCGCAGUAUUGGCCACUUUGAAUGGAGUGAUCCCACAAACUGUCACUGAACGUUUUCUUCACGCGUCGUGAAAACACCUGAAACUUCAGAUCCCGAGCGCUUCGCCCCCGAUUGAUGCCGAGGAUCAUGACCAUGAACGGUGACCACCAGUCGGUUGCCACCGCGCCGCUGGAUCUGCGCACCACACACCGAGAGCGUGGGAGCGCCGGCUCGAGGACUCCUGAAUGUGAAGGACGCGCUGGGGACGCACGGGUGACAGGCGGCUCACCUGCACCCCCCGCGUGCACGGGGACGGACAGUUUGAAAAUACUCUGCCCCACGGUCAGAGGCGCACCGGGAUCGGAAACUUCUCGCAAACGGCCAGCGGACAAAUCCUCCUCCAAGCUUCCUUUUAGGAAACGCCCGAUACUCGUCGAGCCGGAGACCCAAAAACAGUCAUCGGCUCCACCGGAGAGUGGAGACCGCUUUUCUCCUGGGGCAGAUGCGGACUUCACAGCACGAGACCGUUUUGCCGGUCGUUUGGAGAGAGAGGCGGAUGAAAACAGGGUCGGGGCUGCAGUGACUCCCAGGCGGAAUGGAGAGGCAGGACACAGUCCAGACAGAUACCCCAUCCGCUUUUUCCACCCUUUUGAUUUCGUUCCAUACCCAGUGUACUAUUUGCCCCCAGUCCCAGACCUGAACCACCCUCUGGCCCACCAAACUGAAAACCUGCUGACUGCUAUCACUCUGGCUACACGUCAAGAUGAAGAUGGAGACACGGCUCUCCAUAUAGCAGUGGUGCAGGGGGAGUUUGCUAUCGUCUGCAAACUGAUCCAACUUCUGCUGUUGGCUCACAGAAGCCUUGAUGUCUACAACAACCUCCGUCAGACUCCCCUUCAUCUGGCAGUGAUCACCCAGCAGGCCAACAUGGUGGAGGCUUUGUUGAGGGAGGGGUCCGACCCUGCUGCCUUGGACCGUAAUGGCCAAACAGCGCUCCAUCUCUGCUGUGAAUAUGAGCAGCGUGACUGUUUGUCUGUAGUGCUCUCUUGCUCCUCAUCCUCCACAUGCCUGGAGAUCAGAAACUAUGAGGGUUUAAGCCCUCUCCAUCUGGCGGUGCUGCGUGGCCAUAAAAAUUUGGCCAGAAUGUUGCUGGAUGCAGGUGCUGACAUCAAUGCUAUGGACAUCAAAAGUGGCCAGAGUCCUCUCAUGCACGCGGUGGAAAGCAAUAACGCAGAUAUGGUCCACUUCCUCAUUGAGAGUGGUUGUGAUGUCAACAGUCAGUCAUACAGUGGGAACACGGCCCUGCACAGCGCCUGUGGCCGAGGUCAGGUGGACACAGUGCGGCUGCUGAUGAAGAGCGGAGCCGACAGUAGCCUCAAGAACUACCAUAACGACACACCUGUGAUGGUGGCCAAGAACAAGAAAAUAGCAGAUGUGCUGCGAGGAAGAGGCUCCAACCAGAUAAGAGUUCAUGAUCAACACUGUGUGUCAGUAUCACCACAUGGGAGCAACUUCACAGAAAAUGGGUCCCCAUCUCCAAACCACAGUCGUGGAUGUUCACCGUCGACUACACCGCACCCCCCUCAUCAUAGCACCUCCCACUCUCCAAAGACCCCAUCUUCGCUUGUAUUUCCAUUUUACUAGCGCUGAGUUAUUUUCCAGUGCAACUUGCAACUACCUCUGCACAGCCAACCAACAAAGAAACUGACCUGACCUUCCAUGACAAGGUCCGGUCAGUGGGAUGUUAGACCAGCAAAAGACUGCAACUGAAACCUCCCUACAAUCUGGUCUUCUUCUCCUGGACUCUGUGACAAAAAAUAGUCAUAGCUGGCAUUCCGCCUUUGGUUUCAUGUCUGGACAAUGUUCCUGCAGCUUCUCUGCUUAUCCAGCUACUGCUGUGGACAGACUGGGACCAAACUGGGAACCAACAAGCUGCAGCAAGAAUCAGCUGGAUUUCUUCACUUGUAUCCAUGCAGCAGCAGAAAUGUGCCACUGUAUUCAAACAAGGCUGGAUAGACAGGACUGUUUUAAAAGGGUCUGGAGACAUCAGCAAAUGAUGGUCAGGGGCCUAAGCUCAGUGAACUCGGGGUCCCCUUUUAAAGUAGUUUGGAAUUUGCUUUUUUAUACAAAGGACAGGAGAAGAUGGUAGGAAAUGAAGGGCAAUAAAUAUUUAAACAGCCUAUGUAAAAAAGUGUAUCCAGUCUGUUUCCUGGAAAGCUUGACAACGCAACGUGACCUGCCUAAUAUUGCACAAUUAAUUUCCUUCUUUCUGUUAUUUUAAUAAUCUACUGUAAGUCCACAGUAAGUUUUAGAUCUGAUAGUGUGCAUAUGUGCCUGCGCAAGUGUGUGUGUGUGUGUGUGUGUGUAUGUGUGUGGUUUUAUUGUAAAAAGAAAUGUAGAUAUUUUUUAUAUAA